ACUCCAACUACCACCACAACUGCUCCACCACCACCACCGCCAACCUUCCCCUGAGCCUCACCGAACUGCUUGCCCCACCGCCGCUCAACGUAACGAAUUAAUUUUCUGGACGGGACUCACAUUGGGUUUUGUUUAUUUCAAACCGGGCCCAAAUACCCACCCCCUAAACAACGAGUCACGGCGGAAAUCCAAUCCGAUCCGAAUGGCGUCGCUUGACAGGAUCGGGAACGGGACCGGGACCGACUGCGAUCGCGACCGGGUACAACAGCAACAACAACAGCAACAACUCCCAGAGCUGCUGCAAUCGAUAACGAUACCGACACAAACACAACCACGUCCGUCACCACCGCCGCCGCCGACGCCGCGGGGACGGGUAGAUGGUGGGACUGGAACUAGAAUAGGAACUGGCACGGGAGAAGGGGAAGGUGGGGAGGAAGGUGCUGUUGCUGCUGUUGUUGCUGUGGGUGGUGGUGGGAAGGGAGCAGAAAGCGCUACAGCGCAAUGCUCGCCGCAGGAUCUAGGUGCGAAGGAAGCGGAAGGCGCUACACCGCAAUGCGCGCUGCAGGAUCUCGAAAAGAGUGAGAUGGACAUGGGCAUGGAGGAGACCACAGCAGGCAACAACCAUGUAUCACAUCCCCGGCCACUGCGAAAUACCCACGAUACACCAGACUUCGCCGAGAAAGACGAUGGCGACAGAGAGUGCCCACAGCAGCAGCGGCCGCGCCGUCAUAACCAUGCAAGAAGAUCGCGACGCACAAAUAGCGAUAACUUCUACGACGAUAACCGGUUAGGGAUAGACGUGGAGCAGCAAGCUGGAAGUAGAGAAGAAACCGACCAUCGCCAUAAGUCCUCCUACGUCUGGCGAGUUCUGUGCUACCUAACAUUCAUUGCGCCCUUCCUCAGCGUGCUGUGCGCCCUCUACACACUCAUCACGCUCCUCCUGCUGAUAAUCAGCUACCCCCUCCAAAACCUUACAUCCUCCACCUGCCCCCCCUUCGGCACAACAGUCAUCUCGCGCCUCCUCCCGCCGUUAGAGUUACACAUGCGCUUCCUCUACUGGCGGCGCCAUCCGUUUCCCACGGCCGACGACGUCGGCGCCGCAAGGCUAGUCCGCGUCCACAUGCUCUCACCGCUCGUCGCGAUCCCGAUCGGCGCCGUGGCGGCGUUCAUCAGCUUCGUCUGGCUGUAUACGGAGGUGCUGCUGGGCGACAAGAACGACGAGAAGGGAAUGGAGUACAGAGGUUUCCUGUGGGUCAAGCAGCGGUGGGAGAACUUUGUGCUCUCGUCUCUGAAGUCGAAAGAGCUGCCGGAAGGCGGCGAUUCUUUUAGGGAGGGGUAAUAGGAUUGUGGGGGGUUGUGGAGUUUUUGAGAUUUGCGGCUUUUGGGGUUCAAUGGUCAUGACUUGCAUGCAUGCAUAGGUGGGGGGUACUGGGUCUUGAUGUUCAUAAAUCAAAUGAUUGCGCUCACUCACAUCAUACCCACGUCCACGUAUUGAACCAGUCGUUUAGUUGUGCUUCAACUGCGGAGGAGUCGGUGGAGGAAGAGGAGAAUUGGUUGGCGCUAAAGCUGAACAUUGCCCAAGCUGCUGGCUGGCUCUUUGAUCCUCAGUUGUGCCGCUUCGCAUCACCGUCAUGUGUGCUCCGUUGACUACCCGCGACACCGUGACAUCGAACAACCUACCUAUCUACGUCUGGUCGACAGCGCCGUCCGUCCGUCCUACUCCCGACCGCAUGAGAUCAGACUCGACUAGUGUGAGGAUAGGUAGGUAGGUAUGCAGCGAGCUGGCAGUGGCUCUCAGUGGCUACCGGAUG